AUGUCUGCCGAAGAAGCCACCAAGCCGCAGGGAGAGGAGGAGUCGACCGCCGUCUUUGAGCCUGUCGUCAAGCUCGACCAGACUGUCGAGGUCAAGACGCACGAGGAGGAUGAGGAGGCCCUCUUCAAGAUGCGCGCCAAGCUCUUCCGCUUCUCGUCCGACUCGUCCGAGUGGAAGGAGCGCGGCACCGGCGACGUCCGCCUUCUCCAGCACAAGCAGUCGAAGAAGGUCCGCCUCGUCAUGCGCCGCGACAAGACCUUGAAGGUCUGCGCCAACCACUACAUCACCCCCGAAAUGGCCCUCUCGCCCAACAUCGGCUCGGACCGGUCGUGGGUUUACAACGUCGCGGCGGACGUUUCGGACGGCGAGGCCAAGGCUGAGACUCUUGCUAUCCGCUUUGCCAACUCGGAGAACGCCAACCUCUUCCGCACCGCUUUCCUCUCGGCGCAGGAGACGAACAAGAAGCUCCUGAGCGGCGAGAACGCGGCACCCGAGCCCGUCGCGUCGGACGCACCCGUCGCUGCCGACGCCACGAGCACGACGCAGACCGGCGUCCCCGUCGAGAAGGGCAAGGAGGCGGCUCCGGCGGAGAACGCGACCGAGGACGCUCCUCCCGCGUACAAGGAUGAGGGUGUCGUCCCUCCUCCCGAGAAGGUCGAGGUUGUGCAGGGCGAGGAGGUCAAGGAGCCGACUGCUGAGCGCCCGUCUGAGGAGGACGCCCACGCCGCGACGAAGGAGUCGGGCAAGGCCGACGCCCCUCCCGCGACCGCCUAA